CUUAAAAAUGGUAAAUUAGUUUAUUUUAGCUUGUCCUCUUUAAAAAUAUUUAGAACAUCCAAACCUGUUCGUAUUUCAUUCGACAUUUUAGGGAUUUAUGGCCAGGUGUGCCGGUGCACACGUGCAUGGCUCAGUUUUGUGUUAAUAUAUUAAUUCUGCUACCCAGAUGCAUCGGAAUCAUAAAUAGCAUACUAUCUUCGAUUUAAAGAUUAUACCAAAUGCGUAAUCUACUAUUUUGCCAUUUUCCAUAGAUGUCUUUAAACCCAGUCAGAGUACUUAAACAUGAAGCAGAAGAGGAGAAAGCUGAAAUAGCUAGAUUGAGCAGCUUUGUAGGAGCUAUAGCUAUUGGAGAGUUGGUAAAAGCACUUUGGGCCCAAAAGGAAUGGACAAAAUCCUUGUGUCAAGCGGCAGAAAUGCAGGCAGUGUUGAAGUGACUAAUGAUGGUGCUACAAUUCUUAAAGCUGUAGGUGUGAUAACCCAGCUGCAAAGAUUUUGGUUUAAUAUGUCAAGGUACAAGAUGAUGAGGUUGGAGAUGGAACAACAUCAGUCACAGUAUUGGCAUCUGAAUUACUGAAAGAAGCAGAGCGUCUAAUUGACCAGAAGAUACAUCCUCAGACCAAUUAUUGCUGGGUGGAGAAAAGCAACAGAUGUGGCUAAAACAGCACUAUAUAACAUUUCUAAAGACAACAGUGCUGAUUUAGCCAAGUUUCGUGAAGAUCUGAUGAACAUUGCCAGGACAACAUUGAGCUCAAAGAUAUUGAGUCAACAUAAAGAGCAUUUCAGCAAGUUAGCUGUUGAUGCUGUGUUGAGAUGAAAGGCUCAGGAGAUCUACAGGCUAUCCAAAUUAUUAAGAAGACAGGAGGUACUUUGGAAGACUCAUUCUUGGAUGAAGGUUUUUGCUGGAUAAAAACCAGGAGUUCACCAACCCCAACGGGUAGAAAAUGCUAAGAUCUUGAUAGCUAAUACUCCCAUGGACACAGACCAAAAUCAAAGUAUUUGGAUCACAUAUUAAGGUGGAUUCAAUGGCAAAGAUAGCAGAACUGGAGUCUGCAGAAAAGGAGAAAAUGAAAGAUAAAGUGAACAAGAUCUUGAAACAUGGAUGUAAUGUGUUCAUCAAUAGGCAGCUCAUCUACAAUUAUCCGGAACAGCUGUUUGCUGAUGCUGGUAUCAUGGCGAUAGAACAUGCUGAUUUUGAUGGAAUUGAGAGGCUGGCAUUGGUGACAGGUGGUGAAAUUGUGUCAACAUUUGAUGCACCAGAGACAGUACGACUAGGAAAAUGUGACCUUAUUGAACAGGUGAUGAUUGGCGAAGACAUACUGCUCCGCUUCAGCGGCGUGCUACUUGGUGAAGCGUGCACGAUCAUAAUCAGGGGCGCCACGCAGCAGAUCGUCGACGAGGCGGAGCGCUCCUUGCAUGAUGCGCUCUGCGUGUUGACAGCUACUGUCAAGGAGAGCAGGAUCAUCUGCGGAGGAGGUUGCGCGGAGACUGCAAUGGCGGUCGCUGUUACAAAAGCCGCCGCUACUACUCCAGGCAAAGAAGCAAUUGCAAUGGAAGCCUUCACUAGAGCUCUCCUCCAGUUGCCCACGAUCAUAGCAGACAACGCUGGUUUACGACUCUGCUCAACUGGUGAGCGAACUAAAGGCUGCCCACAACGCCGGCAAUAUACGACGGGUCUGAACAUGGACAAGGGUGAACUGGCGGACCUGCAAGCACAGGGAGUCACAGAAUCCAUACGUGGUGAGAGGCAAGUGCUGCAGUCUGCUGUCGAAGCUGCCGAGAUGAUCCUGCGCGUGGAUGACAUCAUCAAAGCGGCGCCAAGGAGGAGAACCGAAGACAGAGGAUUCUGCUAGGGUGUGUCUUGGCUACUUCAUCGAAUUGCGAUCUUCGUUACAUGUAUGCAACAUACUUUGAAAGUGUUGUGUAACCAUUUUUUUUUCACAUGCUAUUUGACUUACGUUUACGUCUUAAAUGUACCGUUUUAACCAUAUAGCACUAUGUAACCUGUUUGAUAAUGAAUUUCUCAUUAUUUAUAA